AUGGAGAAGGAGAGGAAGCAGGGGUUCUUCGCCGCGCUCAAGGACGAGGUCGUACGGGGGCUGUCGCCGGCGAGGUCCAGAGGCAAGUCCCCGGCGCCGCCGCGGAGCGCGUCGCCGGCGAGGAUGCUGAUCCCGCGCAGGCGCAAGGCGCCCGCAGCUCCGCCGCCGCCGCCUGAGAAGGUGCUGCAGCAGUACCUCGGGGAGCAGCUCGUGGCCCGCUCGGGCAGCCUGCGCCCCGGCGGGGAGGCACUGGCGCCGCUCAUCGAGGGGCCCGACGCCGAGCGCCUCGCCGUUGGCGACCCCGACGCCGAGGACUCCGGCCGCCGCGAGGGGUUCGGGCACUGGGUCCGCGGCCACCUGACGCGCACGCCGUCCAUGGCCUCCUCUGCCGCAGCUGCUGGUGAUGGUCCCGGCGGGUCCAGCGGCUCGUUCCGGCGCUCCGACCUGCGCCUCCUCCUCGGCGUCAUGGGCGCGCCGCUCGCGCCCAUCCCGUCCAAGCUGGCCGAGCCGCUGCCCCUCCUCUCCAUCAAGGGAACCCCCAUUGAGUCGUCGUCCGCGCAGUACAUCCUGCAUCAGUACACGGCGGCGUCCGGUGGCUACAGGCUGCUGCAGUCAGUGCGGAACGCGUACGCCAUGGGCAAGGUGCGGAUGGUGGCGUCCGAGUUCGAGACGGCGACGCGCGUCGUGAAGAACCGCGGGCCCAGCGGCCGCGGUGCCGCCGCCGUGGAGCAGGGCGGCUUCGUGCUGUGGCAGAUGGCCCCCGACAUGUGGUACGUGGAGCUCGCCGUCGGCGGCAGCAAGGUCCAUGCCGGCUCCAAUGGCCGCCUCGUCUGGCGCCACACCCCCUGGCUCGGCGCCCACGCCGCCAAGGGGCCCGUCCGCCCCCUCCGCCGCGUCCUCCAGGGCCUGGAUCCGCUGACGACGGCGGGGCUGUUCGCGGAGGCGCGGUGCGUGGGCGAGAAGAAGGUGAACGGCGAGGACUGCUUCAUCCUGAAGCUGACCGCCGACCCACAGACGCUGAAGCUGCGCAGCGAGGGUCCGGCGGAGAUCAUCCGGCACGUGCUGUUCGGCUACUUCAGCCAACGCACGGGGCUGAUCGUGCACAUCGAGGACUCGCACCUGACCCGCAUCCAGCCGCACGCCGGCGGGGACGCCGUGUACUGGGAGACCACCAUCAGCUCCGCCCUGGAGGACUACCGCGCCGUGGACGGCAUCAUGAUCGCGCACUCGGGCCGCUCCGCGGUGACCCUGUUCCGGUUCGGCGAGGCCGCCAUGAGCCACACCAAGACGCGCAUGGAGGAGGCCUGGAGCAUCGAGGAGGUGGCGUUCAACGUGCCCGGCCUGUCCGUCGACUGCUUCAUCCCGCCGGCCGACAUCCGGUCCGGCUCCGUCGGCGAGGCCUGCGAGUUGCCGCCGUCCCAGUCCCACGGCGAGCGCGCCAAGACCGGCGCCGUGCACCCCUCGCGCGUGGCCGCCGUGGAGCGCGCCCACGCCCACGGCGCCAGUGCCGGCGCCGGCGCCGCCGGCCGUGGAGAGAAGAUCAUGUGGAGAGUGGAAGUGUGA